AUCUAAAGCAGGAGAUUAAACCUGUUUGAUCAGGUUAAAUAUAAUUAAAUAGUUGAAAUAGAUGAAAAUGCUAGGGAAAGUAGUGAAUUGAAUAUACAGUUAUAUAGUCAUAUGAAAUUAAACAGUUUCAUUAUGGAUGAUAGAGAGAAAGACAGGCAAGGGAAAAAAGUGUUAUUUGUGAUAGCUGUAACUAUGUUGGUUUAUAUGGUGGGUGUUUUACAAGAUUGCAAUGCAACUUGUAUGGAACAGUGGAUAAACCAUCAUCGAAUGGAGCCAUUAGAUUUUGUUCUUUGGAAAACAAAACUAUGCGAAUUGGUGAAAGGACCAUCUUGUACUAGUUCAAUGAGGAUAACAUUAGCAGACCAUAAUGAUGCUGUUAUAGAUUCGAACAUCGACCCUAUUGAAUUAGUACGAAAUCUUACAUCGUUUCAAAAUAAGUAUCAGGAGAACAUGCAGCAAGAUCAUGAAGAUAGACAACAUGAAGAUAUUAGUAAAACAUGUAAUAUCGCUUUUAACUCUACAUUUCUUGCCCAAGACCGAGCAGACCUAGAUUUCAGUACAAGAUCCAAAUACAACUACAUUUUAUGCAAUACAACAGGUGAAAAUGAAGACAAUGUAAUAGUAUUGGACAGAAGAUCAACCAUAUUUAGGAUAAAUGAUAUUUUUAGUGAUUAUUCUAUAAAGAAAAAGAGGAAUUUCAUUCACAUAACGAUACGUGCUAGACAGGAUUCGGAUUGCACAAUACUGUUGAACGAAGCUCUUAUUUUUAUGACUAUAGUCAACUUUAAGCCAGAUACAUAUGAGCUUACAAACAAAAAGUAUCAUCCAAAUAUUUCAAUAAUCCAAUACUUUAAUCUAAACAAAAUAUAUGUAACCAAUGAUGGUCAGUCAUUCAUCUGGUAUUGGAUAUGGGGAAUUAACAUUUUAUUCAUAAGCCUACUUGUAAGGAUAUGGUAUUUUACUGGUAAAAUGUUUGCGGGAAAAUCUUUUUAUCGCUUCACGUGUAGUACAUUUUCAACAAACGUUUGUGACCCAUCAGUGAUAUCGACACACACACCAUUUACUGAUAUUUUAAAAACAUAUAUUAGAGAUAGAGCAUGGUUUAGAAAAAUAUUGUUAAUUUGUAGCAGCUAUGGUACAACAUUUCUUAUGAUAAAGAUUGUAUCCUGUAUGACAGGUGUGAUUGAUUCAAAUCAUGUAGUAUUCAUUUCUGUACUUUUUAAUGUACUACUUCUGAUUCUAUUCAUGACUGAAUGCUUUGCCAAAUAUAACAACCAACAUAUGACAUGUUUGCCGGAACCUUGUGAAGCAUUUGAGGUAUAUAUUUUAAUAUCACCAAUGCUCUUGUGUCUGAUACACUUCUCCGUCAAAAUUUCGUCAGUGCUGUAUAAACAGUUAUCUUCAUACGACAAAAUGGUCCGACUGUUUUCAUACCUAUCCAAAAACAAGGGAAAUAAACUCUCUAUAUUUGCAUCUACCAUAUUCUUUAUCCCUUUUAUCGCUAUUGUAUGUGGAUGUGCUACCAGCAUCAACAAAAAUUUAUUAGCUCUACUUUUUGAAGUAUUUCUCAUUGCUUUAUUAAGGAUUGAUUUUUGUAAUAUCAUGUAUUGGAUAUUUCGAUGUAUUGUGUUCAUUUUUCAUUGUGGUAUUGUUCAAUAUAUCGUAUACGCCUGUAUGCAGGUUAUUUCAAAUUUAUAUCAUCAACACGCUGAAUGGAUGUUCUUACAUAAAGAAUGGAUCGCUAUUAUAUUUCUAUGCAUGUCAUACCUAAGAGAUGUUUCAAAUGAAUAUCAUACAGUUUUGAAGCAAUGUUUACAAUCCGUAGUUAGCCUUAUCACGGUCAACAAAAGUAUGGAUUGCAUUAAUUCUGGUAAGGUAGCAAUUUUAGCUGUCAACGAAAAUGAAUCUAAUACUGCAUAUACUAUGAGAAAUGAACAAGGGACAAUGAACUCAAAUGCGCUUUUAUUUUAUCAUCACGGAGUCCCACACGUAACGUCUAAAUUCUAUUAUGAAUUAAGAAAAUUGCUAGAUCAGAUAUUAGGAUCAUCAUUUUCUAUGAAAAGAAUACUUAUAAUAGAAAUAGAGUCAUUAUGUUUUCGCAUGCUUCCUAUCAUUAUUACAAUUCUGGUGAUAAAUACUUCAAACCUUUCGAUGGAUAAAUUCGAAGGAGUGCAAAAAUAUCUUGUAACUUUUAUUUUGUUUGAAUUAUAUUCAAAGUUUUUAUUCAAACGUAAAUCCCCCAAAAUAGAAAUAGAUUCUAAUCCAUAUUUUAAAACUAAACUACAAGAAUUAAUAAGUCAACACAAGGAAGUGUUUCAUAUAACUAAUAUCAGUAAACAAAAGGAAAACUUUCCUACAAUGCCAAAUUUAAUGAUGAUUGUUACAUUUAUGACUGUGGUCUUAAUAUUAGUUCUUUCACAAGUAGAAAAAUAUCCAUCAAACAUUAAUUCAACUAUUAUACAAUUGUGCGACCAUUUGAAUUUUUCUUCAAUUUCCCACUUAUUGCAAGGUUUAAUUGUUUUGAUACAUUACCUCUUUUUUAUAUUGCUAUUGAUGAAUUCCUAAUGGGUAAAUCCCCACACAUAAUGAAACUACAUUUUUUGUAUGAUGUUACCUUGUACAAAAAAUACGACUGAGAUCACAAUCUGUUUUUAUUGGGAUUUGUGUUGCUCAGUCUUUAGUUUGCUGAGUUGUUGUUUGUAUAUAUUUUUUUGGGGGUCUUUUAUCGUUUUCAAAUGACACUAUCACUUCGUUUUUGUCAUAACUUUGUCAGUUUUUUUUGCCAAAACAUUCUCAGUUUGUUAUUACUCCGACAUUUUCAAUUUGCCAUGACAUUGUCAGUUCGUUUUUGCUCUGAUAUUCUCAAUUUUCCAAGACGUUGUCAGUUUGAUUUUGAAAUGACAUUUUAAGUUUGGUUUCGAAUUAUAACGCAUACAACAGAUAUAUCUUGAGAUUUCAGUAAAAUCUGUGUUUUUUGUCGAAUAAAGUACAUAGUAUACACAAUUGCUGUUAAUAUAGUGUUUGCCUUUGAGUUGUAAGGUUUCAUUCUACUUAUGAUUUUUGAAUGACCUCUUAUAAUCUUCUGGGUAGUUUUUCCUGUCUACAAAUUGCACCAGUAUUCGAGAUGAUUUACAUACAUUUGCUUACUUAUAAUUUGUAACAAGACUCAACGAUAGGAUUUACCAUGUACAAGCUUAAGGCCGUACAGUAUAAUUCUGUUUGUGAAGUGUCUGUA